AUGAGGACCACCCCCGACAUAGCAGUGAACUUGCAGCCCAUUGAGGACAUGAUCAGGAAUUUGCUCAUUCCCAACAUGACAGGACACACAAUCCGGUCUGACCUUCAGCGAAGUCUGUUCUCCCUCCCAGCCAAGUUAGGUGGACUAGCUAUAAUCAAUCCAGUAGAAAUUGCUGAUACUGAGUACAAGAACUCACUCAUGGCUAACCAGCAGCUUACAGAACACAUUCUGAAGCAACACACCACUCUCAAUACCAACAGAGAGGCUGGGAAAGCGGUCAAGAGUGCCAUUAGCCUGUCAAAUGCAAAGAGACAUGAAUCUCUCAAAAACCAGCUGAUGAACGAUCUACCACCUUUGAUCAGUGAGAAGAUCCCACAUGCAUGUGAAAAAGGUGCAUCAAGCUGGCUGACCGGACUACCUUAUGAGAAGUACGGAUUUGUCUUGAACAAGCAAGGGUUCAAAGACGCUAUAGCACUGAGAUACGCUCUACCCAUUGCCAACAUAGCCAAGAAAUGCAUUUGUGGCAAGGAUAACACCUACAACCACAUUCUCAUUUGCAAGAAAGGAGGUUUUGUCAACAGCAGACACAACCGACUGAGAGACACCAUUGCAAGCAUUCUUGAAAAAAUCUGUAAUGAGGUUGUUGUAGAGCCCACACUCCAGCCAUGCACUGGAGAAAGCCUUCGCCCUGGUACAAUUCUGGAUGAUGGGGCAAGGCUUGACAUUGCAGCUAGAGGUCUGUGGUCACCAAUGGAGAUGGCAUUUUUUGAUAUCAGGGUUUUACACCCCGGAGCCAAAUCCAACGCUAAUCACAACACCCCAGCAAAGAUGUACAUGAAGCAUGAGAGAGAAAAAGAAAGGAAAUAUGGAGACCGCUGUGUACAGAUCGAAAAAGGAACCUGCAAUGGCCUUGUAUUCUCGACCACCGGAGUGAGAGGACACAGAGGACGGUAUUAUGAGAAAGCAAUACCUGUUGAUGAACUGGACCUAAAUCUCGCACACACCACCAGCGAUGAAGACAGGGGUGAUGAUGUUGAUGAUGAAGAUGAGGAAGUUGGAGAUGAGGUUGAGAAUGUAGAGGAAGAGGUUUCAGAAGAGUGA